UGGGGGGCGGGGACCAAGGGUUGUGAGGUGGGGAAUCCGGGAGUUUCUGGAUUCUUUAGCUGGUAUUUUAAGUACAGCUGGGGAGCUGUCCUUCCUGCAGUGUUUAGGAGCCGCCGGGGCGGGAGGAUCGGCCGCUGUGGCGCGAAGAGUAAGAAAGUUAGCCUGAGUUCUGUGAAAAACCAGAGAAGAGAAACUAAGAGGAUAAUAGAUAAAGUCUUUCCAGUUUGCAUAACAUUUCCUUCAUGGAUACAUUUUCAUAGCAUUAUUAUGUGAUGUGAGAAGUUUUUUUUUUUUUUUGAAGUAACAUGGAUUUUAUACUACAGAAUCAAGAGAUUGGCUUUAUAGGAAAAAUUGAUUUAUAAAAAAGUGGUACAGGUUUUUUAUAGAUAACCAUGACAACAUCCCAUAUGAAUGGGCAUGUUACUGAGGAAUCAGACUUCGAAGUAAAAAAUGUUGAUCUUGCAUCACCAGAGGAACAUCAGAAGCACCGAGAGAUGGCUGUUGACUGCCCCGGAGAUUUGGGCACCAGGAUGAUGCCAGUACGUCGAAGUGCGCAGUUGGAGCGUAUUCGGCAACAGCAGGAGGACAUGAGGCGUAGGCGAGAGGAAGAAGGGAAAAAACAAGAACUUGACCUUAAUUCCUCCAUGAGACUUAAGAAACUAGCCCAAAUUCCUCCAAAGACUGGAAUAGAUAACCCUAUAUUUGAUACAGAGGAAGGAAUUGUCUUAGAAAGUCCUCAUUAUGCUGUGAAAAUAUUAGAAGUGGAAGACUUGUUUUCUUCACUUAAACAUAUCCAGCAUACUUUGGUAGAUUCUCAGAGCCAGGAGGAUAUUUCACUGCUUUUACAACUUGUACAGAAUAAAGACUUCCAGAAUGCAUUUAAGAUAUACAAUGCGGUCACAGUGCACAUGAACAAGGCCAGUCCUCCAUUUCCUCUUAUCUCCAAUGCACAAGAUCUUGCACAAGAGGUACAAACUGUUUUGAAGCCAGUCCACCAAAAGGAAGGACAAGAAUUAACUACUUUGCUGAAUGCUCCACAUAUUCAGGCACUUUUACUAGCCCAUGAUAAGGUUGCAGAGCAGGAAAUGCAGCUAGAGCCCAUUGCAGAUGAGAGAGUUUAUGAGAGCAUUGGCCAGUAUGGAGGAGAAACUGUAAAGAUAGUUCGUAUAGAAAAGGCUCGGGAUAUUCCCUUGGGUGCUACAGUUCGUAAUGAAAUGGAUUCUGUCAUCAUUAGUCGGAUAGUAAAAGGAGGUGCUGCAGAGAAAAGUGGUCUCUUACAUGAAGGAGAUGAAGUUCUGGAGAUUAAUGGCAUUGAAAUUCGGGGUAAAGAUGUCAAUGAGGUUUUUGACUUAUUGUCUGAUAUGCAUGGUACUUUGACAUUUGUUCUGAUUCCCAGUCAACAGAUCAAGCCUCCCCCCGCCAAGGAAACAGUAAUCCAUGUAAAAGCUCAUUUUGACUAUGAUCCCUCAGAUGACCCUUAUGUUCCAUGUCGAGAGUUAGGUCUGUCCUUUCAAAAAGGGGAUAUACUGCAUGUGAUCAGUCAAGAAGAUCCAAAUUGGUGGCAAGCCUACAGGGAAGGGGAUGAAGAUAAUCAGCCUCUAGCUGGGCUCGUUCCAGGGAAAAGCUUUCAGCAGCAAAGGGAAGCCAUGAAGCAAACCAUAGAAGAAGACAAGGAGCCAGAAAAAUCAGGAAAACUAUGGUGUGCAAAGAAGAAUAAAAAGAAGAGGAAAAAGGUUUUAUAUAAUGCCAAUAAAAAUGAUGAUUAUGACAAUGAAGAGAUCUUAACUUAUGAGGAAAUGUCACUUUACCAUCAGCCAGCAAAUAGGAAAAGACCUAUCAUUUUGAUUGGUCCACAGAACUGUGGCCAGAAUGAAUUGCGUCAGAGGCUCAUGAACAAAGAAAAAGACCGCUUUGCAUCUGCAGUUCCUCAUACAACUCGGAGCAGGCGAGACCAUGAAGUAGCAGGUAGAGAUUACCACUUUGUUUCACGGCAAGCAUUCGAGGCAGACAUAGCAGCUGGAAAGUUCAUUGAGCAUGGUGAAUUUGAGAAAAAUUUGUAUGGAACCAGCAUAGAUUCUGUACGGCAAGUGAUCAACUCUGGCAAAAUAUGUCUUUUAAGUGUUCGUACACAGUCAUUGAAGACUCUCCGGAAUUCAGACUUGAAACCAUAUAUUAUCUUCAUUGCACCCCCUUCACAAGAAAGACUUCGGGCAUUAUUGGCCAAAGAGGGCAAGAAUCCAAAGCCUGAGGAAUUGAGAGAAAUCAUUGAGAAGACUAGAGAGAUGGAGCAGAACAAUGGCCACUACUUUGACACGGCAAUUGUGAAUUCAGAUCUUGAUAAAGCCUAUCAGGAAUUGCUUAGAUUAAUUAAUAAACUUGAUACUGAACCUCAGUGGGUGCCGUCCACUUGGCUGAGGUGAAGGAAACGUCUGUUCCAUGGCAUGAUUGGACUUGAGCUGGCAAAGUGCCAGUAGGAAAACAGCCCUGAUACUUCAGCAAGAUGCUGAAAGGUGAGGAUAAGGUGGCAGGCAGUAUAAGCUGUAGACUUGUUCUUAGAUCUCAAGCUAGUGAGAAAAUCCCCUUAGGCAAUUUGUGCACAGCAGUCUUUAUUCUCUAUUCAUGGCUUUAGAGGUUCUUGCCUCGUUUGGGGAUUCUAAAUGGAAGCUUUCAACAGAGCAGUUCCAUUUUAUCCAUGUAAAAACCUUUAAUUCUAUUUUCACCUAACUAAAUCUUUUCUGCCUAGUCAUAUUUCCAUGAAAAACUUGUGUGUAUAUACACAAUGGUCCAUGUCUCACACAGUUAUAAAUAUUGUUAUUUAACAGUUAACUUAAAUGACUUCAUGGAAAUUUGGGGGGGGGGGGGGGGGGGGACAUGUGCUUCAGUGCACUGUGCAAGACAGUAUUUGGCCAGAAGACUGGUUUAGUCAUCAGAAAUACUUUCCUAAAUAAAAGGUGCCACUGUGGUUUGGAGCUACUCUGUUAGGCUUGAAUUCAUUUGUAUGUCUUUUAAUUCUUAAAAAACAUUCCAUUAGAGCACCAAUUUUUUAGCUCAAACUUUGUGGAUCAGACUUUUCUGCACGCUCAGCAGACUCUGAUCUAGUUAAACGUACACAACGUAUGCUGAUCUUUUUAAAAAUAUGAUUUUCUUAAAUUUUCUUAAUUUUUUUCUUAAAUUGUUGCAAGUGAUUUGAUGACCUUGCUUCCUUUCUCUGAUCUGGAUAGUACAAUAGAAUGUGUGUUAGAUUUUUAUGAAUGGCAGAUGUUCAUAUAAACUGUGUUGACUAAGUUUCUUCCUCAUGAUGCAGAUAGUUUUUUAUGUACAUGAGAGUUCAUAGCACGUUUGAUAGAUUUUUGCAUUUUUAUAUAUGAGCACAGUAUAAUUUCAUGACUGUGCUGUGUUAUAUAGGUAAUAAACUGGAAUUCUGUGAUGAAUGUAGCUGCUGUACUGUAUACUAAUAUUUAAUAGGUUGACAAAUAGUCAUUGAGAACACUUGGUCAACAUUGAAAUAAAAUUAUAUAUAUCUGAGGGAAAUAUGAUGACAGCUGACUUUGAGAUCAGAAGGAAAGGAUGACCUGAAAGUCAUUUGAACAUCUGAGGAAAAGAACAUUAGAGGGGAGAAAGUUAAGCAUAUAGAAACAGGUUUUUAUCCUAACAAGGUCUGCCUCUCAUGACCAGAAUGCAACAGCUUGCUGUAUCAUAAAUGUUUAAGCUAAUGGGAUUUUUGUACUGUCUCUAUAGCUGUAGCUUUACAAUUCAACUUCUGUAAUUGACAUGGAAAGUCAAUUUGUUAGUUUCUUCAAGCCUUUAGGGAUGGUGUGAUGUGUGACAAACAACCUCAAAUGUGAAUGUCUUUAUUUUUAUGAUGACUUUAGCUACAGCAUUUCCCGUUCCCAAAGCUAAACACUGGAAUAAUACUGAGUUGUCACUUAAUUUAACAUAAGCAAUUGUUUUUAAUGAGUAGUUUGUCUCAGUGUCAUGUAUAUAUUUGAUUUUUUUCUCUUCUACGGAAUUUUAUUUGAACAAAUGUAGACAGUUUAUAUGUUGCCUUUUUCUGUUCAAAUUUGCAUGGCCUCAAAGUUGGCUGCAGAGUGUGUCUUAUGUGGAAAUACUUUCAAGAUAAUGUUCCUUAGGAAGAAAGUAACAUUACUGGGUUAGGGAAGGAAUGCCAUACAUACUGUCUUCAGGUCUGAAACACUCCAGCUUAUGGCAAGAAAACGCAAAGGUCACGCUGAUUUUCAGCAUUGAAAACCAAGGAAUAUAAAGCACUUAAUCUUUUCAGUUUUCCAGUGUACUUUCUCCUCAGGAAUGAAAGGUAGUCUAUGGUAGACAAUAGAGAUUUGUGAACUGCUUAUCAUAACUGACAGCUGUUUUCAACCCUAAAAUCUAAAAUGUUGGUAGUGUAAGUUAAGUUAGAUGAUAUUUCAGGGAGUGUCAGUAAGUGGCUGUUGUGCCAGUCUCUGAGUUAGCCUGCAGACUGCAGGGCCACAUUAGGGCCAUGUGUUGUCAAGACUCAGACAUGGCUUUAACAAGCAAACCCCCUACUAAGGCACAUGCCAUGCCCGAGUAUACUUUUAGGAAGUCUAAGGUGACAAGAGAGAUCUGGGGGGUCAGUAAAGUCCUAUAGUUCUCCCUCCUCAUCAGCAAUGGGAGAGAGAGAGAAAUGUUUAUGCCCCAAACUUGUCUCAGUCCUAGUGAUCUGGAUGUGCUGAUACUCAACACAGUCCCUAAACAAAGAGAAAACUGAGUUGUUGCUGACUUCCUUGAAAGAAAAUGGAAAAAAGCCUUGCUAUACACCUAACUGUUGAGCUGCUCUGGCCAAUUCCAUUUCCUGUCUCUCUGUGGUUCUGAUUGGAGACCCCAGUGUGGGGGAGGUCUUAACCACUUAUAGGAAUGAUACCAAUAGUUAAUGGAAUGCACAUGUUAAUUCAAAUAAGGAAAUAUCUUCCUUUACUAAAUUUUCUUAAGUCAGAACAAACAGAAAGAAGAAUAGUAGUUAGACUAAUCCAGAUUUGCUUUCUAUGAAAAUCUAAUGUCUGGAAUUUUAUUCCUUUUCUCCUGGCCUAAGGAAUAUGUAUUGAUAAGGAAUAAUUUGAAUGUAAUUUUGUGAAUGUGUGUGGAAAAUAUAAACCAGGGAUUUAGCCUUAAUAAAGGUAACCUGACAUCUGUUGUUAGUCCUUUGUACUCUCUUACCCUGUAUCUGCACUCUUGUUAUUUUGAGAUGUCAUACUGCACACUGUUAUUGUAAAAAUAAAAAGUAAAAUUAUAUUUCAAAUAAAAAAAGCCACUGAGUA